AAAAGAGGCUUACCAUUUCUAUUGUCUUUUGCAAUAAUGUUGCUAAGGGGCUACACACUUAGGAGGAAAGUAUGUUCUAAAUUGUUGGACUGUCUUAGCCUGGCUGGAUUGAGGAAGAGUUUGAGUCUACAGCCGCUGAGUAGAAAGUUCCACGUUUCCUGUCAAAGAUGCUCAACAAUGCCUUCCUGGGUGAUUGACCGCUAUGGGAAAAACGAUGUACUCCGACUCACAAGUAACAUGACAUUUCCUGCAAUUCGCCUCCCUAAUGAAGUUAUUAUUAAAGUUCAUGCUGCAAGUUUAAAUCCCAUAGAUGUUAACAUGCGAAAUGGCUAUGGAGCUUGUGCUCUAAGAGCGAAACGAGAUCCGUUACACAUUUCAGAAAAAGGCAAUGAAUUUCCUCUAGUUCUAGGUCGAGAUGUUUCUGGGGUUGUUAUGGAAUGUGGACAGAAUGUUUCCUAUUUCAAACCUGGAGAUGAGGUAUGGGCAGCAAUUCCACCCUGGAAACAAGGUACCUUGUCAGAGCUUGUUCUAGCAAGUGGAAAUGAGAUAUCAAGGAAACCGAAGCGUCUCACUCACACUGAAGCUGCGUCCUUGCCUUAUGUUGGCCUAACAACAUGGUUUGCAGUGUCCAAUGCUGGGGGACUUGAUGCAGAAAAUUGUCCUGACAAAAGAAUAUUGAUCAUUGGUGCAUCAGGUGGAGUGGGUACCUUUGCUAUACAGUUAAUGAAAGUUUGGGGUGGUCACGUCACAGCAGUGUGUUCUCAGGAUGCCAGCGCAUUGGUAAAACGUCUUGGAGCAGAUGAUGUAAUAGAUUAUAAAUCUGGAAAUAUGGAAGAACAGCUCAAAAAUUUACCCAUGUUUGAUUUCAUCCUGGAUAAUGUUGGUGGAUCUACUGAAAACUGGGCUCCUAAUCUGCUCAGAAAGUGGUCAGGGGCCAGAUAUGUGACUUUGGUAACACCUUUUUUAGUGAACAUGGACAGACUUGGCGUAGCUGAUGGCAUGCUACGGACUGGCAUCACUAUUGGCGCAAAAGUUUUGAAGCAUCUUUAUAAUGGGAUCCAUUACCGAUGGUCAUUUUUUACAUCAAGUGGUCCUUAUCUGGAUGAGAUUGCAAUUCUCGUUAAUGCAGGAAAGAUACAUCCAGUUAUUGACCAAGUCUUUGAAUUUUCUGAUGUUCCCAUGGCCUUUCAGAAGAUGGAAAGAGGGCAUGCACGUGGAAAAACAGUGAUCAAUGUAAUUAAUAAAAAGGAUUGAAAUCUUUGUUUCUGUGAUAUUUCCUUUGUAAAAAUUAAUUUUCUUAGAAAUUCUUGCGCUACAAAUAUUCUGUUAGCCACUUGUAGGAAUUCCUACUUCAAAACAGGAACAUAACUCUUUGGAAGUAUUCUACUUUCGUAUUAACCUUUUAACAUUUUCCAACUGAAACUUAUAGAAUGUUUUUGUGCAGUCCCUUAUUAUUUAAUAAUAAUGGGGUGGAGAAAUAAAAAAAAACCCGAUUCUUUAUCAUGCAUUAGUAUGAAGUUGUUGGGAAGCUUUAGAAGUUACUUAGUAUUUGUAGAAUGGCUACAUUGGACCAGAGUUAUAUGUAGUUGAAAAUGUUGGUCGCUUUAGAUAUAGAUAUCAUAAGUUAAGUGUAUUAGUCUCCUGGUUCUAUGAAUAUUAAUUACCCUUACAGGGUGGAAUCAUGUACAUGCAAAUAUAUGUUUGGUUUGUCCACCCUAUUGAUCUAACUAUUGGUGGGAUUUCUAUUCAGAGUUUAUGUGGGUAUGUGUAAAUGCAGCGAUGGUUCUCUGUGGUAAUUAAAAUGUGCUUUUUGUUCAUCUGAA